UUAACAAAAUUUUAAGAAAGAGUUCUCCAUUGAUGAUUGGUUCAGUAGAUUUUGUGAGUCUUUUAUUUUUUCAAUAAUGUCAGAUAAUUUUCUCGAUCAAUCUUAAUGAAUAUACGUGAAUGUGUUUGUCUUAUCAAUAAACUAUAAAAGAUUGUGUUUUGAAUCCACUUCGAGUAAUAUCAGAUAUCUACUGAAGAGCUGCUCAUUCGGCUGAAAGUUGUCAGAAGGGACACACAAAUUACGUAGCUCUCCACAAUAAUUAAUUUACCUUCAACUUCCACUGCAUUUAUCCGGAUUUUUGUUUUGACGUAAUGUCGCGAUUGCUUGAGUAAAGUUCAAACGAAAGAAGCGAUUGACUUCGAAUGCGUCGACAAAAUUAAUUUGAAAUUGAGAAACGAUAGUGAAAACCACUGAUGAAAUUACAAAAUGGUAAUAGCUGUCGAAAAAAUACUCGUAAUAAUAGUGUAAAAAUCUAUUCGAAUAAGUUGCACGGAGAGCGGCUGUACAUUCCAAACACAAAUUAUAAUAUUCAAAGAAGAAAAGUGAAGAAAAAGAAAAGAAACGUAUAUUAAAGAAAGAAAAAUGCGGGGAAGUACAGCUGGCUUAACUGAAGGAACAGUAGAAUCACGGCAUUCUAUCUAUGAUGCAUUCCUUGUGCUGCUCGAUGUUUUAUUUUCAUCGGUGAUUGCAGCCCCCGUCGUCAUUGCCUAUUGGAGAGGAGCGUGGAAUUUAAUGCAGUAUAUAUUUUAUCCGCACAAUCCAACGGCAAGCGCACUUGUUACCACAUUCAUAGGAAUAAUUGGACAUUUUAUAUUUUUCUACUGCCAAAAUUGGCUUAGCCGCACAUUCAAUCCAGAUAAACAUCGCUUGACAUUUAUGAUUGUUUCUCGUAUUUACACUGCCAUUUAUGGAUUCGUUUGUAUAUCCGCAUGGCGCGGGCCGUGGGCGCUUUUGGACUUGUAUAGUGAAUCGCGUAUAUGGACUUUAAUUAUAGUCACCGUUAUUUGCAUCGUUCUUUUAGUAUUUUGUAAAGGUUUACGCAAUAUUUCAUCAACGCCGUUCGGUGUGUCAACUGAUCAUUCGAAGGAUUAUUUCGUUACUCCGACCAUGUUUAAGUCGUCAGUAAGUGAAACGAACACAAACAAAAAAUCGAAAAUUUUCAAAAAUUUCAUUGAAUGCUUAAAAAAUAUUGAAACGAAGGCAUCAAAAGAACCAGCAUUCUAUUUUAUAGAUUGUGCAUUUUCUGUGAUUGUGAUCGGUACUUUGGUGGUAUUGGUGUGGAGAAGCCUUUGGGUUAUAUUCGAUUUGCUCAUAUUCCCACGCGAACAAACACUAUCGGCUUGGUAUUCAUUGGCAAUUGGCUACGGAAUAGUCGCAAUUACAUUUGCACUUCAGCCACUUAUGAAAUUGGCGUGUGAUCGUUUGACUGGACUUUGGAGGAUAGCUGCAUGUGAUGCGUUCUUAUUUUUCAGCUUCGUUGGUACGGUGAAUGUGUGGCGAGGUGUUUGGCAAUUGCUUGAUCUUCACCUUUUCCCAGAAAAUCCUGUGAUGAGCAAUUUACUAUGCCAUGGUGUUUCGUUUUUCUUUUUGGCCAUGCUAAAUUGUUCGAAUUCGGUAUUGGUUCGUGGUGUUUUCAUCGAUGCUGAAGAGCCAAUGGGACAAUGCGUCAUUUUUCCCGUUUAUUAUAUUCGAUUAUUUGUCCAAAAAGAGCGCACCAAAAAGCAACGUAGAAUUCUUGACGCUCUGGAAAAGGGUGAUUUACAAACGGAACUUUUGGAAAAAUCCGAAAAAAACACACCAAAAAUUGUGAAAAGCUCGGCGAAAUCAAUUGAAAUGACCAAUAUGGCAAAUAUUAAGCCGACCAAAAUUGAAAAUGGCUAUGAAAAGGAAAAUUAUCCAAAUGGUGAACAUAAAAUCGGUCAAUAGUUUUUUUUUUAAUUUACAAAGUAACAAUCACAUCGAAGAAGAAAAAAUAUUGUGAUAGGAAAAAAACCGGUGUGUGUCUUUCAUUGGGCAAUUGAAUAAUAAUAAUAAUUGUUGCCAAGUGCUAGAUUCAUGUGAUGUCCCCAAUUAAAACGUUGUGAUAUUUGAUUGAUAAAAAAAAUAAUCGCUCUAUGGUUAGUGUUCGAAAUGAGAAUUUUAAAAACUAAAUCAAAUUAAUCAAAAUUAUUAGUACUUAACAAAUAUAAAUCUAAACAACGAAAAUGAAACUAAAUGAUGAUUCUUCUCGAAUAUUUCGAGAGUGAGACUAAUUGAUCAAUAAUAUGGAGGUUGUUAAAUGCUUCAAUAUUAAGUAGCUUGUUUAUAUAUAAAAAAAUUAUAGUUAGUGAAUCUAAUCAAAACGAAAUCCUUCCUGCUCAAAUUGAAUGAACACACUUCAGUCACCCAACACAAUACACUUCUAUUGUAAAUAAGACUUGAAAACACAAACAAACACACGCAAAAUUUCUCAAUAAGUUGAAUUUUAAGAUACUAAAAACAUAUAACUUCCCAUUGUUGGGUGACAACUGGUAACAUUCAAAAUGCUAACGAAUUUUAUCUUAAUAUAUAAUCAAAAUUUCUACACUCUAUGUUUUUUUUUUCUCGGAAUAUUUCAUAUCAUAAU